GACGGAAAGUGCGCGUAGGGCCGUGUGCGCAGGGAAACGCGCAUGCGCAGUAUGGCGCUCGGCCCGGGGCCCUGAGCUGCAGCCUCAGCGACAGAAGAAAAAAAACGUCCUUCUAGUGCCACCAAGCAGACACGCUUACUUGCAGAUGCAAGCUUCCGCGUUGGUUUCCUCAGCUGUGCUUUAACUUCCAUCGCAGAGAAGCUCCUUUCUGUAUGAGCGUUCCGAACUCGUUCGCCUUCGCGUUCGUUCUGGCGGCACGCAGCGCAGCCCUAUGGAGGACGCAGCGGCUGUCCCUGAGCCGGGGGCCCUCGCCGUGGGCAGCCGGGAAGAGGAGCUCCUUGCAGCUGGUGCCGCUCACCGAGGCGGAGCUGAAGGAGCAGUUUGUGAGGGGCGAUGGCCCAGGAGGGCAGGCCACUAACAAGACCAGCAAUUGUGUUGUCCUGAAGCACGUUCCGUCAGGGAUUGUGGUGAAGUGCCAUCAAACAAGAUCAGUGGAGAAGAACCGAAAGAUAGCCAGAGAAAUCCUGCAGGAAAAGGUUGACCUCUUCUACAAGGGUGAAGAAAGUGAUGUUUAUAAAGAGAAGAAGGCAUCAGAGAAGAAGAAGCAGGAGAAAAAAAGAAGAGCAAAGGAAAACCUAGAAAGGAAAAAGCACUUUAAAGAGAUGCUACAAUUGGACAGGAAAUAAACAUGAAAUACUGACUGGCUCUGGUAGGAUAAGGGAGAAGUUUGUCAUAGCUGUGCAUAGUUUUCUGACUGAUGUAUAACAAUGAGCUCCAUAAGCACAACAGAAGUAUUGAGUAGUGACCUGACCUGCUCUUACAGUAAAGUUUAAGAGUUAAAGCACAGUGUGUUCUUACUUCUGUUUGCCAUCAUCUCAUUACUUGUAUUUAAGAAUCUUUUUUCUGCUGAGUUUCUGCCUUGUACUAUUUCAUAGGCGUUCCAGUACAUAAGGAGAACAUUCCUUACAGGUUUUAACAUUCCAUCCUUACUUAGACAAUGCCUGCACUGAUAUAAAUCCUGCAUAAAGUGACCAGGGUUAGAUGGGACCUGAAAAAGCUACUCUGUGAUACUCUGAUUGAGUACACAGACUUGAGACAAAGCACCACCAGUCACUGACUGUCUCCUUCAGAUCUGUUAGUUGAACUUCCUGCAUAAAUGCUCCAGCUCUCUCAAUUCUGAAGGAAUUUUAAACAUAGCUUUACAGCUUUUACCUGCAGUGAUGAUGAGCAUUGUUGAGGAGGGAAGGCAGGCAUUCCUACAAGUGAGGGCUUAUCAGUAUUUUAAUACUGCUAAUAGUUACUAAUUGCUUAACUAGAACUUCUCUAAUUUUCAGCAGAACCCUCACAGGCUGCUAACUGCGUUCUGACCUUCGAUAACAAAGGCAAACAGCUUCAAGAAGCCAAGCUGUCUGUGUAUUUUGAAAGCAAGGUAGACUACUAGCAACAAUACCAUCCUCUGACAGAAGUCGACUGCAGCAGGACUGUACCUUCAAUGAAAACAGACCAACAGUUUGCAGGCCUGUUCCCUUCUUCCUGAAUGUGAGCCUCCUGCUUUUCAUACCAGAUGUGUGAAUCUGAACAAAGUGACUGUAGAUACUUUUAAUACAAACUGUUAAUGAAAAUAAGCUUUAUUACAUCAAGUAAUAAAUACAUAAAAAGAUGCAAA